UGUUGUCUCUCCGUCUUCAACUCUUACAUCUCUUCAUUUAUCGUUUUUUUCCCCCUACUGAAACUCUGUUUGUUAAGCCUCCACAGACCAGAUAAACAUAUAAGGUCAUAGAGUUAGAUUCAAAAAAGAGAAUUCAAUAUGGUCUCUAAAUAUCACACGAACGAAAUUUUUGAAAAGCCAUCUCCGUCUAAUGUUAUCUGCAUUAGUCUCCAGAAACAAACGGAACCAGGUAAUGCAAUACAUCAUUCAAGCGAGAAUAUAAGCAAGUGCAAUGAUAUACCGCCAAACAACUAUAUAAAGAAUUUAACUUCCAUUCGAAGCAUCAUCGUGAUUUGUAGUGCGUUCUUCAUUAUUUACAACGCCACCGGAUUCCCUUAUUCACUCGGCGUGAUGUAUGAACCGUGGAUGCAUGAUUAUCAAGUUGGCAGAAGAGAAAUAACAUGGAUUCUGUCGCUCUGUAUCGGAGUUAUCAGUGUUGCUGGUACAGUCGUUGGUGUGUUCAUCAAUAAAAUUGGUCUAAGAGCUACACUUCUGCUAGGCAGUCUCUUAAGUUCUCUAGGUACGUUAUUGAGCACGUUUACGUACACAACUCCUUAUCUGGCGGCGUCACUGGGAAUUGUUACAGGUUUUGGCAGCAGCUUAAACUACGUUUCUGCGUUGGUAGCCGUGAGUCAAAUUUUUCCCGCAAACAUAAAAAUGGCUCUCACAAUUUCCACAAUAGGAUUUCCUGUUGGAAUAAUGACAUUCCCUAUUUUAAUUACUCUAAGCGUAGAUACAUAUGGCUGGCGUGGAGCAUUUUGGUUGAUGAGUGCUGUUUUGUUGAACUCGUGUGUCUUUACGUUACUCAUAACGCCUUUAGAUGCUAAUAUGAAUAAUAAGACCUCAUGCAAAUUAUCAGCAGAAAAAAAUGUUUGGUUUCACUUAUCAAUAUUCAGAGACAAAACUUUUGUAUUCUACACCAUUUCACUCAUCUUUAUAAGCGGUUGUAUAUCGACAAUAAUUUAUGUACUGCCGGCUGUUAUGGAAACCAGAAACUAUAACAAAAUUUUAGCAGUUACAAUUUUAACCGUAGAAAGCUCUGCAGAUAUAGUGGGACGUUUGGUAUGCAGCCAGGUAAUCCGAGUCCACUUCAUCACCAGUAUGUUACUGUAUAUUGUCAACAGUGUGUUAUUUUCGGCAACGAUGAUACUUAUUCCAAUCCUACACGGUUACAUGAUGUUACUGAUCGGCACACUUCUUCUUGGAUUUUUCUCUGGCCUCGUUUUAUCAAUCCACAGUGUCGUCGUCUUGGAUAUUAUCGGUGGAAAGAAGUGCUCGUCAGCCAUAGGAUUUGGCGAAACGGCGUGUGGUGCAGGAAACCUAUUUAUUGGACUUAUUGCAGGCUACAUUGUCGAGAUGUCACACACGUUUGAUUAUUUCUUCAAAAUUAUGGGUAUAACGUCUAUAAUAGUCAUGGCAGUUUUGAUCAUUCAAAUUAACUUUAAUACUAUUCGAAAGUGUUUCCAUCUCAAUUCGAAGGUAGGCAUCAAUGAAAGUAAAACGGAUGUUGAUCUUAAUCAGAAAUUUUGAAACAACUGAAACUUGGAAUAAUUGACAUUGUCACGUUUAAUGUAUCUCCAUUCAACGAGCAAAUGAACUAAUGAUAUGCAAACAAAUUCCCGUUCACGUACAGCUCGUAUAUAUGUUUAUAAAUGUAUGUGUGCGUGUGUGAAUUCCGCUUGAUAAUCGCAGUUGCUUGGAACUUGAGUCGAGAGCUUCAGUUUUAUUUUUAAAAAACAACAACUCUGUAUACGUGUGUGUGUGUCCUCUGGUGUAGGAGAAAAGAUACAGCUUGGACGACAUUGCUUUACGUUUUUUGCCAGAAAUUGAAAUUCUACCGGGGUUUACUUGAGUUUUCAUCCAUUCAACGGCAAUAAAAAGUGAUAGAUA